CGGUCGAGCCGCGCUCGACAAGCUCCUGAAGCGCACCGCCCCAGCGUACACAUACAGACGGUUCUAUUCCCGGCCGUAUCGACGCCAGCGUUUGCAAGCAUUUUGCGAGGCGGCCAAGGAGCGGGGAGAGGGGUGAUGGAGAGGAGCUAGCGGUCAUUUUUGCUCUAUUUUUUGUUGGGUGUCUGGCACAUUGGACGGAAGAAGCCAGGAGGAGCGAGCGAGCAACCGGCAGACAUGUUUCGGGUUGCCACACUCAAGGACAUUGUCCAGCUCAAGCCCAAGCGCUUUGGCGAGAAUCGCGUGGAUGCCCUUACUCAUGAGAUCAACAAAAAGUAUGCCAACAAAGUCAUUUACAAGCUUGGCCUAGCCAUUUGCUUGUUUGAUAUUGUUGAGAUCAAAGAGGCCCACGUCUUCCCAGGCGAUGGCUCGGCCCACUUUUAUGUUCAGUUUCGCCUCGUGGUCUUUCGCCCCUUUACUGGCGAGGUUCUCAAGGGCGCCAUUGAGAGCUCGACGGCUGACCACAUCAAAGUUUCACUCAAGUUCUUCCGGGACAUCUACAUCCCCGCCCAUGCAAUGCGCGAAGGCGUCGUUUUCGAUGACGGCCUUCAAGAAUGGAUUUGGCAAUACCAAGAUGAAGACGGUGCUUCCCAUCAACUCAAACUGGCCAAAGGCUGCGAAAUUACGUUCAAGGUGAUGGAGGAGACCUUUCAUGAUGUGAUUCCAGUCUCAGAACACAAGAAACAAACCACCCCAGAUGGUCUUAUGGUCAAGAAGAUUGAAGAACUACCCUAUGUCAUUAUGGGGCCCGUCGCACAUCCGCACAAAAACAUUCAGCUAAUGAUCCAAAGUAAAAAACUUUCUGCUGUGCCUCCUGUUUCUCUCUCUCUCUCUCUCUCCCUCUCUUUGUUACAUGUGGUAGUUGUGCUAUUCCCUUUGCUGUUUAACUCUCGCUCUCUCUCAAUUUCUCUCUCUCUCUCUCUCUCUCUCUCUCUCUCUCUCUUUUGUCUUUACGAAUUUUUGAUUCAAGGUCAGUUGGUGUCUCUCCUCUGUGCUCCCCGUCUCCCGACACACACCAUCAGUAUGGGGGAGGCUGAAACGAGCGCGCGCAAAAUCCUGACUGCGCUGGCAAACGAGCAUGGUCUGGACGUCAAGGGAGGCAAGGUGUGCCGUACCUCGUCACGCUUCUGCCUGGGUGUCGAGCAUGGCGACUACAACGGCACAGAGCUCUUUGGUGUUGGCACAGAUCGCUUCAUCUGGGUCGCCUUCAAGCCCAACGGCACCAAACAGAUCCGUCUGGCCAGCCACAACUUUCCCGCAGAUGGCCUUGUUGAGUUUGAGAUUGACAAGUAUCCCAGCAAGGACGAUCCCAGCAUCCAGAGCAGCUGGUCGCGAUUUCCGUAUGGCACCAAUUCGGUCCUGACGGCCCACGGCUACAAGUUGACUCAAGGCUUUGAUGCGGUGGUCUACGGCAACAUUCCCGGCGGCGGCAUGUCCCGCUCCGCCUCGCUCUGCAUCAACCUUUUGCUUACCAUGGCGGAUGUCAAUGGCAUUCGAUUCGGAACGACGCCCGAGCAGCAAAUGGCUGUCGUGGAUAUGGCGCAGGAGAUCGAGAAUGACUACAUUGGCUCGCCCUGUGGAAAACUUGAUCAAAUCAUGAUUUUCUUCGCAAAGGAAGGCCAAGGCACGCACUACAAACCUGCCACCCGCAGCAUCUCCUAUGUGCCCCUGGGUGCCAAGGCGGAGCAGUUUGCUCUUGUGAGCCUUGAUACAGGCACGGAACGCCUUGGUCUUGAAAAGUCCACAUAUAAGAUUCGUCGCCAAGAGUGCGACGAGCUGGCUGCCAUGGGCAAGGCAGCGUUUGGCAUCGAGACGCUGGCUGAUGUCAAGGACGAGGAUAUGCUCAACGUUGGUUUUUCUGUGCCAUUCCUGGCCCAGGGACUUGGCGCCAUCUCAGCCAAAAAAAUGCGGGCCCGGUUUGGCACUGAGUUUCCCAACCACAUCAAGCGUCUCGAGUAUAUUUAUGCCGCGCAGCAGCGCUUCUAUGAAAUGAUGGAUGCUUGGCGUGCGGGCGACAUUUCAAAGGUGGGUGCCAUCUUCCGUGAGGAUGGCUAUGGUCUGCGCGACGUCUACGAAAUCUCAGGCCCAGAGCUGGAGACCAUGUGUGACAUUGCCCGGACCGUUGAGGGCGUCCUUGGUGAGCGCAUGUUGGGCGGCGGCGAUAAGGGCGCCUCUGGUGCGCUGGUUUUAUCCUCUGCCGUCGAAGAGCUGCGCGAAGCCGUGGAUCGCGAGUACCCCAAGCGCCAGCCCGAGUACGCCAACAAGUACAAGACCCAUGCCUGCCGUGUGGUGGAUGGUGUUCAAAUGCAACCAGGAUUCAGCCCCAUUAGAAUCGAGAGUUGUGUCAGCUCGGGGAAUCUGUUCUUCAUCACAAAACACACACACACACACACACACUCUCUCUCUCUCAAAAUCUCUCUCAAAAUCUCUCUCAAAAUCUCUCUCAAAAUCUCUCUCUUUCAAGCUCUAUCUCUCUCUCUCUCUCUCUCUCUCUCUCUCUCUCUCUCUCUCUCUCUCUCACUCAAGCUCUUUCUCUUUCUCUCUCUCUCUCAAACUCUCAAACUCUCUCUCUCAAACUCUCAAACUCUAUCUCUCUCUCCCAAACUCUCACUCAAGCUCUCUCUCUCAAGCUCUCUCUCUCAAGCUCUCAAGCUCUCUCUCUCUCUCAUAUUUUUUUUCAUCUCUCUCUCUCUCUCUCUCUCUCUCUCUCUCUCCUCAAAAGCAAGAUGGGCUUGCUGGUCAACCGGCAAGAGCUGCGCGCAGAGUAUCUUUUGCAAAACCCGCUUGCCAAGCAGAUUCGUAUCCCAACUGCCGACGGCUUGCUACUGGACGGCAUUCACCUGCCGGCUCCAGGGCGGACCACGGAUUGGCAAGCAGCUUGAGCACUACAGUCGAGCGCUCAACGUGCAUGUUAUUGCUUUCAACUACCGCGGUGUUGGGGAUUCACAAGGCUGGCCCUUUGUGGCGGCUGACCUCUGUAAGGAUGGCGAGGCCGCAGUCAAGUAUGCCAUGGACCUUGGUGCUACCGAAUCCAACCUGAUUCUGUAUGGACACAGCCUGGGUGGUGGCGUUGUGGGCGAGCUGUCGACCAUUUUCCCCAGCGCCCUUCGCGUCUAUGAUCGAACCUUCUCCGGCCCCGUGACAGUACUGGCAUUGCCCUCUACCAUGCGUGGCCAUGCUCCUAACAAGGCACGGACUUUGCCCACGGUUGCAGCCCAUUUCAUGUCCAUGCUGGGUCCUUUUAUGGGAUGCGCCCUUGGUGUUGUGGCCGCCCUGGGUUACCACAUGACGACGGGUGCGCUCUUUCCAGAGUAUCAACACAUGCGUUGGGCUGUGUUGGCAGGCCUGGUUGGCGGCUAUGUGCUGGGCAAGACGGCGCUCAUGGGCCCACUGGCAGCCAAUAUGCUCAAAUUUGCCUACUGGGACCUGGGCGCCAACACACGCUGGGACCCUGACCGCUCGUUCUGCAUCUUCCACCGUCACGACGAGGUGAUCAACUUUCGAGCCAGCUCCAUCUACCCGGGCCUCGAGGCCCAGUUUGGACCGAACCUGCGCAGCGUGGAACUUUUUACCCGGGGCAACAACAUCAUGUCGCACAUGUAUUCGCUACCCGAUGCCGAGCAUGAGUUUGCACAAGUCACGGCCACCAUCACCUCCAUGUUGCGCGCGCUGCAGCAGUAG